AGUGAAUAAUACACGGAGAUAUUUGAAAACAUAUAAUUUCAAAGUUGGUGUUGAUGAUUUAUUACGUUUAUUGCAGUACAUGAGUAAAUGGGAACACAUGAUAUUCUUCCGUGUUUUGGGGAGCGUUUUCAGAACUGUAUCCAAGGGCGGACUAGAUAUAGAGUAAUCAAUUGUUGUUGAGAAUAAGUAGAAACUAGCAUGGGAUGUAGCCGAGAAAUCAUGAUGGAGCGAGGUUUUGAUCUGAGAAGACUUUACGUCUUUCUUCAGUCAUCAUUGUUGCUACUACUGUUGUGUCCAGCAUGCUUUUCCACAUCAGCAGGGAGUUCAUCAACAGAUCAAACAUGUGCCAUCCAGCCUAUACAUAGAUGUCGCAUUACUACAUACACGGAAAGUGAUCCAAUGUCAACCUCUGUGCCUCCUAUUAUAACAAUGUCAUGUCCUGAAUAUCAUGAGAAUGGCGAUCAAGAAUUCUACUGGGCACGCGGUGAUUUAUGUUGCCCCCGAUAUGAGGAUGCUGCAGUAGUCAACCUUACACGUGGAAUCAGAAAAGAAAUAGAGUGUUCGCUGGUGGCCCCAAAUUCUGACACCAUCACGGAUCAUGUGAUCUACGAGUGGACAAUGCAGGCUCCUGAAGGGUAUCGGAUUCUUCUGACAGUAGUUACGCGCGACGUCUACAACAAUUUUACAGCGACAGAUGAAGAGGGUGGCAGCGAGUUCACAUUUUCUACAAGAAGCUUUUUUGAGGUCGGGGACUCAUUCUUGUCAUCGUCCAAUGUUGUCCACAUGGAAGCUUCUUUCGAAAGUUUGGAUUCAACCUCCCAACAAUUCACCGUCAUUGGGCAGGUAGUCAACAUAUUUAGUGAUACAUUCAACAUCACCGUUGAUACCCAGGGGUGCACAGACAAAGGAAGGAACUUAUGGGAUACUCAAACCGGAUGCAGCGACAAUUUACACAGCUUUGAGGGCUCCUGUUACUUCUUCUAUUCCGAGAGAAUUAAUCUUAUCGAGGCGAGGGAAAUGUGUGAGGCAAGGACCGAUGGAUCCCAUCUCGUAUUUGUUGACAACAUGGACGAGCAGGACUUCCUAGCGUCUACUUCUGAUAACAUUAACCAAGACUGCUCAAAAGAUCGCGACUGUGAUUACUGGAUCGGAAUAGAGCGGAAAAAUGACGAAAAACUUACUUGGAUGGAUGGAUCACACAUUAUAUACGACAAUUUCAAAAAUUUCGACGACGAUGGUGAAUGCUUUCGGUUAAAGAGUGAGGACGACUACGUUUGGGAGUCACAUGAUUGCGAGCACAAUCAUUACGGCUACAUCUGCGAAAAAGAAAACGACUGUGAGCAGAAUUCUACAACGUUAACUUUGCAUAAAUAUGGAGGAUCUUGCUACUAUUUUCAAUCUAACAAGCCCGAGGGGUCGAACAUUGAUGAUGCAAAGGAAGCGUGUGAGGGGAUGGAAGGUUUUCAUCUCGUUUACAUUGAGGAUGCAGAAGAGCAGAAUUUCCUAGCUUCUACUUCCCAAAAUAUCAACCCUGGAGGAAAUGAUUGCUCUGAGGAUCAUGAUUGUGAUUAUUGGAUAGGAUUAAAAAGAAAUACUGAAGACCAACUCGUGUGGAUGGAUGACUCGCCCAUCACCUACAAAAAUUUCAAAGCAUUCGAUGUCGACGAUAAGUGCUUCCGAUUGAAGAGUGAGGACGACUACGCUUGGGAAUCUCACGAUUGCACUCACAACCACUAUGGCUACAUAUGUGAAAGAGAACUUGGCUACCAUGGGACGCAAAAGAGCAACUUGGGGUGCAUCACCUUUGGAGCCCAACCAGCAUUCACCCACACAGGAAGAUAUGACGUCAUUCUACUUAUGUUCAGUUAUUACAUCAAAACAUUCGAAGGAUCUGGAAACAUGAAAACUGCCACCUUGUGGACAGGGAAUCUUAUCAUUCGUUGUAACUCCAGCGAUGUUGAAACUUUAUCUCAGACUCAGACCAGUCUUCAAAUAGACAUUUCCUGUAGUGCCUCCUCCGAUUCAUUGAAGGUGAAAUUCCGAGCAAUGGGACCAGGACUAGUGAAAAUUAAAGACAUCAAGUUCUUCGUAAGUGGGACAACAAAUCCAAUCAGACCAGAGCCAACAUCAACCCCCUUACCGACAACUGAAAGACAACGUACUACGGGAGCAACCAUGAGUACGUCAACGUCCCCGAGUACGGAACUUACAUCAACUUCGCUCCGCCGAUCAACUAAUCCAAUGACUUCAUUACAUCGAAGCUCACUCUCACCUACUACCCAUCCUAGCACUUCACAUAUCUCAACCUCAGAGUUCUCGGGGAUAUCAAUGCCAUCUUCAGGUGGAAAUGGAGUCGUCAUUUCCGUGGUAGUGGUCCUUCUCAUCGUCUUGAUCAUCGCUUUGAUAGGAUUCUUGUGGUACAAAAAGAGAAGAAAUUCCAAAGAUCAUCAACAUCCCAAAGGCUUCCAUGGAAAUUUGCAAAACCCUGCCUUCGAGAAUGACACUGGCGAACAACACGAGUAUGCAGAGUUCACUGAUCCGGAAAAGAAAAAUGCUUCCAACCGAAACAGGUCUUCUGAUGCCAUGCAGCAUUACUACUCCGAUCUACCUUGUUCUGCCUCUGUAACCACCAACCCUGUUAUUUACAACGAGGUGGGGGAACAGGACUACAAUACUCUCUUCGGUGGCAAGGAGAGGGACGACUAUCACGAAUACAGUCAACCCGACAGCAAACAAAGCAAUCCAAAUGCCAAGGACACUCCAAAAGAAAGCUCAUACCAGGAACUAUUCAAAGAUGGAAAGAGGCAUCCUGUAACAGGUGUUAACCAGUUGCAUAGAUCCCUGGGAAUGGAAAAAGCGGCAGCUACAGGUCAAUCGAAAGUUGGCAGGCGCAACAGUAAAGGUGAUCACGCAUAUCAAGACUUACGUAAGGACGACGUCGGUUACACCUCCCUUCAGAAGAGUCCAGAACGAGGGCAGAAACCCGCGAACGGAGACACUGAUCAAGAAAUGGAGGAUAGCUACCAGGCUCUUCAUGCUGAUAGCCCAGAGUAUUUUACCCUUGAACCUGAUGAAACUAACACGUCUCCGAGCCAGGAAAAUCUUCAAAACAAUACCUAUCAACCACUAAGACAGGAGCCUCAAUAUCACGACGCCGUACCUGAGAAGGGUAACAAUCCGACCAAAAUAGACACUACCUAUCAAUCUCUGUUGACAGAUGCAAACAACCACGUUGGCUCAGAUUCGGUUCCCGUCAAUGCAUCAAAGCAAGAACAAAACAAUCCACCUGAUCAUCCGCAGCAGGGUUCAAGAUUGACGGCUUCAUCUUCGGAUGGUUAUGCUUCAUUGGUAUCAACAGCCGAAGAAGAGGACGAACAUGAAUAUGAAUCUCCAAAGGGUAGGCCAACGACAAGUGACUACGAAGAUCCAAUAAAUGAUGAACCAUACAAUCAUCUUCAGCGCAACACCGAUCAGGGUCCGUCAAGUUAUCAGCCACAAGCAAGACAAACAGGAGAUGAUUAUGAAACUCCUGUAAACUAUGACUCUACAUCCGAUACUUACCAGACAUUGGGCAAUAGUCAAGAGACGUCCGAUGGUGCAAAUGAAGAAUACUCACAUCUUCAGAGACAUUUCGGAGCCAGACCGAGAGACCCUCCUGGUACCGCUGAUAACACUAACCAAUAUGGUACACUCGAUUUGGGGAAAAAUACAGGAAAAUAAAUACAUUGCACUUUAUACAGGGCAGUAAAAUUGACAUCGAUUUGCUGAAGUAGAAAUAAAAUUAUUAAUCUUAUGGCUGUUGUUUGUUAAAACAAAUGAUUAUCAAAUAAUGUCUUUAUAUCGUUUCCCCUGAAGGGGAGAAUCUAAUUCAAUUUGAGUGUAAUUUGAAAAAAAAUAAAGAAAGGCAACAGUUUGGAAGAUAUCUGAUGAGUAUGGAAGUUAUGACAAUUUAAAAGACAACACCAUGCACUUGGUCUAUGUUUCAAUUUGGCAAUUUUGAUUUUGGAUUAAUUUGUGUCUUUCCAUGGUCUUUCGACCAUCUCUUUUACAAUUUUGUCAAAUCACUGAAAGGUUGAUAAGAGUUAAUUAAGGCCCCCAUUACACAGAACCAGGCCCAUUCAAAGAACACUGAAAGACAGUCACUAAUGAUUGGCAAUGUGUUUUAGAAGUCUCCAAGUAGAAUAGCCCCGAUUUAAAGACCAACGAAAGUCGAUAGAAAUCAGUGAACAAUGGGGAUCGCUAAGGAUCAUUAGAGAUCUACAUGGGGAUCGCCAAGGACCACAAGAGGUCUAGACUAUGACAUACAAGUGGAAGCCUAUUAAAAGAUUAUUGUAAGGAUAGUUCUUGCUCAGUCUGUCAAAAUUCUCUUUAGGUCUUGAUAAAUCUUUCAGAGUUCUUUAAGUGGUCUCGGGUCAGGCUUUCAAAGAACUUGAUUAAUCUGUCGGAGUUUACGUGUAAGAUGGUAUAUCUGUGCAAAUUGGGGGCAAAAUAGCUCUUAACGUCAUGUAAUUUUUUCCCUGCUUAUAAUGUAAACUGCAUGGGUGAUGAUUUAUCGCUGGUCAGGUAUCCCAUUUGUGUAAAUACUCUGUUAUGAAAGAGGUGAAUUAUUGUUCUUACUGUAAUUUUUAUAUCAAAGAAAGAAAGUUUUACUUGUUGCCUUAAAGGUAUAUACUCGGAUGAAUGAAUGCUGCAAUCAUAUGUACAUGCACCUUUGAAAUGCAUAUUCAACCACGGCCGUAAUAUUAAAAAAAGGGAGAGAUCUGUGGAAUUCUCUUCCAAAGAGAUUAAAAUCCCACACUUCAAUGACCACCUUCAAUGGCAACCUGAAAACAUAGCUUUUAGACAGACAUUGACUUUUUGUUCAAAAAUUUAUUAUAUGUAAUGUUUUAUACUUCUGCUCUGAAGCGCCUUGCUAUCGAACAUCUAAUCAAUAUGGAAAGUGCGCUAUACAAGUCGUACGUAAUAUUAUUAUUAUCAAGAUCUACCGUAUCAUGCUCAUGGAAUACAUUCGUUAUUCAUCUUAAUGAAAAGAUGAAAACAAAGAGUAUAAACAAGAAAAGUUUAUUUUUCCCCCAUUUUUCGUUUCAUAUAUCUUAAAAUGAUUUAACAUUUGUGAAUCAUUGUAUUAUUUGCAAUAACUUGAGUGAUAUAUCUUCUUGUAUUUUAAAAACAAAACAUUUCUGAAAAAGUCUCAAUGAUCAAAUAUUAAAAAUUGCAUGCACCCUUC